AUGAGUCAAGCAACAAAUAAGUACUAUCCUUCAGAUUGGGAUCCGAAACAUGGAUCGAUUAAUAAGUUUGUUGGAUCACAUCCAUAUGGUAAGAGAGCAAGGAAGAUCGAUCAAGGUAUUCUAACGGUUAGAUUCGAAAUGCCAUACAAUGUUUGGUGUUUAAAGUGUAACAAUCAUAUUGGUAAGGGUGUACGAUACAACGCAGAGAAGAAACAAGCUGGAAAGUACCUCUCUUCAAAGAUAUGGUCAUUCAAAAUGAAAUGUCAUUUAUGUGAUAACUAUUUCGAGAUACAAACUGAUCCUGAAAAUACGGAAUUUAAGAUGGUAUCUGGUUUGAGAAGAAAAGAUGAAUCGUGGGAACAUGAUGAAUCGGCGAUACCUAUCAAGGUUAGGGAAGGCGAUGUCGAGAGCAAGAUGGAGAAUGAUCCGAUCUAUCGGUUGGAGUAUGUCAAUGCCGAUCGUGAGGUCGGCCGAAAGAUGGAAUCUACACUGACGCGUCUAUACAAUCAGGCAAAGAGUCGGUCAGAGCAUGACUAUGAACUGUCGUCGAUGAUGAGGAAAUCGUUUCGUGAACAAAAGAAAGAGGAUCUCGCAGCAAAGAAAGAACAAGAGAGUAGAGGUAUCACCAUCGAUCUCCUACCAAUUUCAAAACAAGACAUAGAGGAGGCAUCGAAAACAAGCUUCUUGGCAUCGACAAAGUUAAAAGCAGAACAACUUCGUACAAUGAAAAGAGAAGAUAUUAUGUCUUCAUCCAUUUUACCAACAAAAACAAAAACAUCAUCUACUUCAACAAGUUCUACAUCAUCUUCACACACACCAAAAACAACAACAACUACAACUACAACAACAACACUUAAAGAUAAAGAAGAGAAAAGAAAAGAAAUACUGCGGAAGAAGUCAAGAUUGGAUCCAUCUUUAUUUAAGAAUAAUAAACCAUCUACCAUCGGUACAUUAUUCUCUACAAGUCUGUAUAAAUAA